AUGUCUACCGCUAAUAUAGAGAAUAUUAUAAAUUUGUCUUCCGAGGAUGAAGAUGAUGUGGAGAUUAUAGCGUUCAAGAAGGAAACACAGGAUUUGAUUGAUAAUCCAAUACAACCUCCGCAUACCAACAGCACCAAAAAAUUAAGCAAUGUUCAGUGUCCAAUCUGCUUUGAUGAGGUCACCAAUGCGACAGCAACUUCGUGUGGACAUGUCUUCUGUUUGGAAUGCAUUCAACAAAGUAUUGCUAGCUCUACUGCUAGAGGACAAACCAAAGGCAAAAAGGGUGUUGGCUUAUGUCCUUUGUGCCGUAAGAGAGUUACCUUUAAAGAAACCAUGUUAUUGAGGAUGAAAUUAGCCAAGGUCACGGGUCCGCCACCCAUUCCAUCUGAGUUCAGCGGUUCGAAAGAGCCAUGA